AUGCUGUACGAGAUGAUAGGAGUGGUAUGUCUGCAAUGCAAAUGCAUGGGCUCCGACACUGUGACUGACACUGCCAGAAUCGCCAAAACCGCAGGCAACAUCAUCCUCUCCCAACAGGGCGUCGUGCGCGGCUACUCCAAUUGGGGCACCUUCCUCCUGCCCAAACCCGCCAAGAAGCUGCAGUCUACACACCACUAUGGCCACCACUUCAUCAUGCGCUUCGACGCGAGUGCACGCGCACAACACGCCCUCCGCCGCACCAUGAGUCUGGACCCUCGAUUGAUCCGAUACUCGGUCGUCAAAAUGGGCGAGAAGUUCGAGCACAUCAAGGAUGUGCCGGGAGUGGCCAAGUUCCGGUAGAGAACCACACGAUACGAGCAUCACCGCAUGCAUGGUAGACUGAAAGAGGCUCAUCAUGGAAGCCAAGGGGAUAGAAACUUCGCCUGCGCGUGGCAGGCUUGCAUGUUAUUGGCGUUCUGGAAGUUCUUAGGUGGCAUGUUUCGCCAGUUGUAGGAAUACUAUCAAUGCAUCUGCUGCCACUAGGCGCCCCAACCCAGAGCC